AUGCAUGACGUCGGUUUCAUGCCUACGUUGCUGCAUCGUGGCCUGUUCCUCCCCGCAUUACCGAGUUUGGCUGUCUCACACACAGACACACAAAGCACAGACAAGGAUAGAUUCGGCAUUUGCCAUCCCUCAGACGCGUAUUCCGGCAUUGGGGAUUAG